AUGGUGCGAUUAACCGCCGAAUAUAUCGAGAGAAAAUGUUCACAAAUGCAAUUAAGUAAAUCUCUUAGCAAGAAAGUAAAGAAGGACGAAUUAUAUACUCUAACUCAUUUACGCAUGAACAAUAUGUUUAUCAGUAGCAUCGGUAAUUUUGUUAAUUAUAGGAAUCUUAAAGUAAUAUAUUUACAAAAUAAUAAUAUUUCGAAAAUAGAGAAUUUGCACUUUGCAUCUAACUUGACGCAUUUAUAUUUGCAACAUAACACAAUAAGUAAAAUAGAAAAUUUAAAUUUUCUUGAGAAAUUGCAAACACUUUAUUUAGGAUAUAACAAAAUACUGGUAGUGGAGGGUCUUGAAUGUUUAAAAAAUUUAACUAUUUUGCAAGUAGAAAAUCAAAAGUUAUCUGUUGGAGAAUCAUUAUGCUUUGAUCCACGGAGUGUACUCACUUUAUCUCGUUGUCUGAAAGUACUCAACAUUUCGGGUAAUAAAAUGGCAUCUUUGAAAAGCAUUAAAGAAUUGCAUAAAUUAGAAGUUUUAGACGCGACAAAUAAUUGUAUUGAUGAUAUCAACGAUUUAACAGAAAGUAUAAGUGUUUUGACUUCUUUAAUAGAUCUAUCUUUACAAGGCAAUCCUGUAACUCAAUAUUAUAGGUGCAAAGAAAAUCUUAUCGCAAAUAAUGACACAAUAAAAACUCUUGACGGAAAAAUGGUUACAGAUGUAUGUAAAUGUUUCAUGAAAAGAUUUAAGAUAAAUAAACAUCUUUAUCACACAAAGAAAUUAUUGAAUACUACACUAGAUGAAGAUAUUACAAGUUCGUUAAAUUUACCGCCUUCAUUAAAAGAAUCAAUAUCCAGGGCGAUAUUUCAACAUCCUGAUGCAAAAUUGUCUACUACAUCUGCGAUGAAUAAAACACAAUCAUAUAUAUUUCCAUCAUGGAAAAUAGGUAUAAAUAUUGUAAAGAAUGGUCAUGUUACCACAAAACCAUUUUGGGGUAAUGUAAUUAAGACUAAGAGCUUUCCUAGUGUACAACCUUUGUUAAACAGUGAAAUUAUUAAAUUGCCACCUAUUUGAAUCUAGGAACAUAUUAAUGACAAUACACUGCAUACAAGAAAACAAACUUUUUGAAUGAGAGGUAUUCUUCUUGUUUAUUAAUAUGUUUUUUUAGAAAAUUAUUUAUAAUUCAUUGUAUAUUUCUCAUUUGCAUUAAAUUUUUUUAUAAUUAUGUAUUAAAUAAUUUCUAUAUGAACCAUUAAUUAUUGCCUGCAUGCUGGAAAGUCGUGUAUGAGAUAAAAAUAAAAUCUAUGAUCAAAUCGCGUUGAAAAAAAGUGUAUGGCAAAUUAUCUUAAAAAGCUGGAGGCAAACUAAUUACAAUUAUUUUGUACAACUUUCUAGCACUAAGGCGACAUUUAUAUUAUAUGUGCAUUAACAUAACAUUUUCAUAACUAAAAUAAAGUACAUUGAAAUUCAUGCGUGUCAAACAAUAAUACAAUUUAAUAAUAACAAAACGUGCAUAGUUAAACAGUUAUGACGUUCUUACACAUAAAAUACUAUUAUAUAAUUAUAUUAUAUAGCUAUAAUAUUAAGUAUAUAAUAUUAUAAUCAUCGUGUUAUCACUAAAUGAACCACAGAAGUAUUAAAGUACAAAAUACUAUUAACUACAUUUGUACACUGCUUGAAGAUUUGUAUCUUAUCUUUAUAGCUUAACUUUGUGAGUAACUGAAACACAAGAAGCUCAUGAAUUGAAUGUAAUGAAAAACCUCUUCAAGCAGAGCUAAUAUAAAAUUGCUAUAAAUAUAUAAUAAUAAUACGAAUAAACGAAUAAAUAAGUUUUAAAUGACACAGGCUUUUAUAAUACAUAUUUGUUAGUCACUAUAAGCAUGGAAUGUUAGAUACAAUAAAAACAAAUAUAUAAAUUAUGGAAUUACAUGGUGUAAAAGGUACAAGUAGGAAAUCAAUUUCUUCUUCAACAUAAUUUUACUGCCUUUUAUAAUAUCGAGACAUAAAACUCGAUUUACGAAAUUUCUAAAACUGCUCAUAAAUAAAAAAAUAAGAACUAAUAUACUUGUUGAGCAUAUUUGAAAUAUAAACUAAUACUAUGAAGUAAAAUGAGAUUACGAUCAAUAUAUUUUAUAAAAUUUGAACAAUUCAUUAGCUGUCAGCGUAUAACAGAAUGUGACACAUAAGACGAAAUGCAAUUCGCACGUAGAUGGUCUAUGAUUAUCCUUUGUUCUAUAGAAAUUUUAAUGUUUUUUAUUUAUACGUAUAAAAUGACAUAAUACAAUAUAACAAUACUGAUUGGUACUGUACAUGGACAAAGUUCACAAUCACUAAGAAAAGAUAUAAUAAAUAUAAACAGCUAUUAAACUAAUGUAUAUGUAAAUAUUUCUUUCACUUUAUUAUGUAUUAGGUAAAAAGUAGAAAAGUAAAAAAGAUUUUUUUAUUAUUAGCAUGUGAAACAUAUUUUUUAGUACCAUAAAAUAAAUGCUUUGUGCAAAAUGCAAACGUAAUAUAUAGUGACAUUUUUUAAUCAACACUUGAAAGAACAAAGGUAUAAACAAGCCUCCUACAGUGUGACAUGCAUAUUUUAAUGUUGCUUCAUAAUUGAUGCAUGUACAAUAUAUAUACGUAUAUAUUAUUCACACAUAAAUAUAUGAAGCAGCGGUAUGUAUUAAUAUUUAUAACAUUAUAUAUUUAUAUAGCUUUAUUUUUGCAAAGUAUAACUUGCAUCUUAAUAAUUUUAUUGUAAAUUCAGGUUAUCAGCCUUUCCUCCUUCUUAGCAAUAUCUAUGUGUUGUUCAUACAAAAAUUAAAUAACCUAUUAAACAAAUAAAAUCUUAUAUGAACUUGUAGUCUUAAAACUACAAAAGUUACAGCUAAAUUUAGACAUAUACGCUGACCAAUGCAUCGUAGCUCUUGGUAUGAAGUUACAUACAUAUGAUUUUUUAUCUUAAUAUUACUAAUAAAUCUUAUAAUCUUUGAAGUAUAUUUUGAAAAUCUACAUAGUUUCCAAAUACAUAUUUUUAAAUUAUUAAAUAAAAGAUGUAUACAAUAGCAAUGUUAACAAUGUGUAUCUCCUUUCAAUUUACAUUGCUGGAUAAUAAUACUAUAAGUUACAGGAAACUUUGUAGAUUUCUAUUUUCUUUUCCAAAUAAUCAUAAAUGUUUGUGUACAUGUACAUAUAUAUAAUAUAUAUAUAUGUAUUUAUUUUAAUGUAUAUAUUAAUAUUUCAUAGUUAGAGAAAUCUGACUUUGUCAUACAGUAAACAUUAUGUAAUAUCCACUUUGAAAAAAAUAUGUCACAAAUAAUUAACAUAUACAAAAAAUUAUUGCAAAAAAGCUACAUUUAAAUCAUAUGAAGCCUUGUAAAAAAAUUUUGUAUGUCUCUUACUUAGAUAUUAUAAGUCUUCCACUGUUACUUUCUAUAUAUUCUUCUCCAAGUGACUUAUAUAUAUAUAUAUAUAUAAUAAUGUUCAUAUAGUUUAAA